GGGGGUCUCUCCAUGACGAGCUCCCGCGGUUCAGCUAUGGACGCAUCGACGGCCAGCACGGACUCCGGCACGGGACAUGACCCUGGCAAAACACUCGAUAGUGAUCGUGCAACUUUUCUCCCUAAUCACCGGGAGAAAGCAGAUUCAUAUUCCGCGCAGACUUUCAAUGGGAGCCAAACUAUGAACUCUCACAAUUCAGGAAGCGCUGCCCCUCUCGGGGGGACAACAGUGACAAGUGGCACUGCGAUGUCUGUCACAGCUGUCAACAGUGGAUCAGUGUUGUCUAAAGGGCUGUCCGGUGCGACAAUGCCCCCCUCGUCCAACAGUGUAAUCCAGACGCCGCUCUUGAACUCGCAGAGUGUUGCGGCUUCUGCAACGGGACCCACCACGGUGACCCUCGUCAGGCCGCCUAUGCAAACCUCAGGGUCGGCUGCAACUUUGAAUGGGAACAACGCUGCGAGUCCGGUGGUUCCUGUCAGCACGACGAGUCAGACGGGUAUACAAACCCCAAACAACGGCCCGCCGCCGGUCAGCUCCGUGUCCCACAUCAUUAAGGCAGAGCCACCGACAGCAGGGACGGAGGCAGCUCCGCAGCCCGCUGCCUCUCCGGGAUCCGUCGCUGCUCCCCGGGUUCCUGCGCCGGUGGCUGUCAGUCCUGCAGGGAUCCGACCCCAGACCCCUCAGAUGCUGGCCCCGAGACUCCCCCAGACCUCCCCGGCACAGCCCAGCAUACAGAACAUCCAGCUCCCUCCGGGCAUGGUGCUCGUACGCAGUGAGAGUGGACAGCUGCUGAUGAUUCCUCAACAGGCUCUGGCCCAGAUGCAAGCCCAGGCGCAGGGAGGAAUGGCACCUAGGACUGCUGCACCAGCCACUGUGACUGCAGGCCAGGUUCCUGGAAACGCCAUCAUCAGCAGACAAGUUGCACCCGGCACCAUCAUCCGACAGAACUGUCCAGCUCCAACAUCACUCACUGCAUCCACCACUCUUCACAGACCGCCUGUCUUUCAGAGCUCAGUUGCGGCCGCAGUACCCGGAGUGACACAGAGGACGGUUACUCCAACACCAGGGACCACAGUUACCUCAGUAACAGUGAGCAAAGAGACAAUAGAGAAUGUGAAGAAAUGUAAGAACUUCCUGUCUACAUUGAUUAAGCUGGCAUCCAGCGGGAAGCAAUCCACAGAGACUGCAGCCACUGUCAGGGAGCUGGUCAAGGACCUCCUGGAGGGCAAACUGGAAGCUGAAGAAUUCACCAGCAGAUUGUACAAAGAGCUCAACUCCUCACCCCAACCAUAUCUUGUGCCUUUCCUCAAGAGGAGCCUCCCAGCCUUGAGGCAGCUCACCCCAGACUCAGCCGCUUUCAUCCAGCAGAGUCAGCUCCCCCAAGCGGCCUCAGGUCCAGUUUCUUCCCCCUCGCCCACCUCCACCACAGUGGUCCUGGGCACCACUGCCCCUCGCCUCACUGCUCCAGUCACUAGACCCCAGCUCCUGCCGGGUGUCAGCAAACCAGGACAGACUCCCUCUCUGGUUCUCCAGCCUCAGCAGCAAAGAGCAAUUUUGAGACCUCAGGUAACGUUAUCAACAACGCCCAUGAUAACUGUCAGGAAUCAGGCCCCUGGACGCAUCGUGCUGGGGCAGCAACAGGUUCAGCUUAAAGAGCUGCAGCCAGUUCCCUUGAGGCCAGGGGUGCCACCUGCUUCUAAACAGGUCUCUGCUGCAGCCUUGACCCCGGCUCUAAAGAACAAGCUCAAAGAGGGAGGAGGCACUUUCAAAGAUGAGGAUGACAUUAACGAUGUGGCCUCGAUGGCCGGAGUGAACCUAUCAGAGGAAAGCGAUAACAUCCUAGCCACCAAUUCUGGGCUCGUGGGAGCGGUGACACAUUCGUGUAAGGACGAGGCUUUUCUCUCCUGCGCCCUGCUGCAGAGGAGAAUGUUGGAGAUAGGUAGGAGGUAUGGAGUGACAGACCUGGGUGCUGAGGUGGUUAAUUACGUGUCCCACGCCACUCAGCAGCGACUUCAGAACCUGCUCGAGAAAGUCUCAGAGGUAGCCCAGCAGAAAAACGGCAAUUUCAAGGAGGAUGACAACUACGAGCAGAGCAGUGACGUCCGUGCUCAGUUGAAGUUCUUCGAGCAGCUGGACCAGUUAGAGAAACAACGAAAAGAGGAACAGGAGAGAGAGAUCCUCCUGAAGGCAGCUAAGUCUCGAGCUCGGCAAGAGGAUCCAGAGCAGCUGCGUCUGAAGCAGAAGGCGAAAGAGAUGCAGCAGCAGGAGUUGGCUCAGAUGAGACAGAGGGAGGCCAAUCUGACGGCUCUGGCAGCCAUCGGCCCCAGAAAGAAGAGGAAGAAUCUGGACUCUCCAUCCUCCUCUGCUUCAGCUGAGGGAUCGGGAACAGGUUCCUCUCUGUCUGGUGGACCUGGUUCAUCAGGCUCCAGACCCACACGGCAGCGCAUCACACGUGUCAAUCUCAGGGACCUGCUCUUCUGUUUGGAGAAUGAGAGAUCUACCAGUCACUCCCAUUUCCUCUACAAGGGCUUUCUCAAAUAGGCUUGAUGUCAGACAGGAGAGGGGGGGGAGGAGGAGGAGAAGGAGCAGGAGAGGGGAGACAAGUGUGAACACUCCCACCACACAGAGAGUAUAAGAGACUCUCAUAAAUAAAGAGGAGGAGAACGUCGACUUGGCCCAUUUCAAGGUGAUUCAGAUCCACCGAAUACACCUGAAAUAAAAUAGCAGCCAUAUUUGAUAGCCUCUCUACCUCCCUCCUCAAAUAAUGCCUACUUUCAGGAGUCACUGAGUAAUGCCCCUUUAUUUACCCCAUUUAACUUCUUUUUCAAAAAGGUGCAAACAUUCUGUGAGGAAGGUUUUUAUUUGUAUGAACAAAUAUUACGUAUUGUACAAUUAUGCACCGUAACAUAGUACAGUAUAUUUUCUAAAUAUUUGUGUGCACAGUAGACUUUCAAAGCAAUUAAAGCUGUGUGUCCUAUUAGGACACCAGCUAAUUUUAUUAAAACAGUUGUUUUAUUGUCGCUUAUAGUUUGCGGGAUUAGUUUGAAUUAGUUGACUCCGAACUGUGUAACCUACUGAGUUGCCUUCCUAACUAUGAAUAAGCCAUACAACCAUCUAUAAGCAAUUAACCCUGCUGUAACUCACUCAGUAUCAGUCAUCUCUAUUACUUUACUUGAUUUUAUUCCUCCAUAUUUAUUUACUAAAUUCAAGCUUCGAUGCUUAGUUAUUUAUUUAAUUUCAUGCAACACCUCAGUUGUUUCAUGUAGUGUAAACUCAACAUGUGCAUCAACCUACAUGUUUAAAAUUAGGUUAUAGAUUUUGAAGCGAGAAGGCGAGUCUGUUCUUAAUUUUAAUCCUUUUAAUGUUACCUUCUGAAUUAGCGUCACCUGUACUGAUUUCUAAAAUUUAAGCAUUUAAACCUGCAUCGCUAUACCAAACAUACAUCUACCUAAAACUCUAUUUUUGUAGCUACCCACCAACACACAUUUUUACUCUUGUAGUGGUGAAUAAUAUCAUCCUCAUACAGUUAUUUCUGUACCUGCUUACAUUUUGGUGUGCUACUGGACAGCCCCUUUUAGUAAGUUUAACAUAAGAAACUGAAGUUUCUUCCUGUAUAUUUGUAAAUGUUACACCUAAAGUUUUACACAUGGUUUUGUAUAGAAUUGAAAAAUCACAUUUUCUCUAUUGAAAAGUUUGAAUAAAUAAUGAUUUUGCAGUAA